AUGGUUUGCGCUUCUUAUGUACAAAAUCCCAUUUACGACGAACAAACGAUCGUCUAUAGUCCAGUGAAGCUGUCGGAGGCUAAGUCAAUGGAUGAGUCGUUCUUCCGGCCUUUUCGCUACUGCUACCGGACCUGGGCUCAUGGCGCCGUUGCCUUUCGCGAUGAGCUGAUCGAGAUUUCGCUACGCUGGGAGAAGCUUGGUUUUGCGGAUUCGUGUCCAUUCCCUUUAUCCAGUCCCGACGAAUACGCGGCCCAUAAGAAAGAUUACAAGCGUCUCGAAGCGGCUCACGAGACGAAGCAUAGUCUGUCGGGUUUGCUCAACGCUACGCCUGAUGGUUGGGAAUUCUUUGAGGCGUUUCUGCAGCACGUACUGGAGGAUGAAAACCCUGAGGACGAUGAGCCGAUCAAGGAUGAAGACGAUACCAGAGAGCUUUGGCCAUUCGAUCUCAAGGAAUGA